AUGCUGAAGGAUAACCAAGUUUUAUCACAGAGCAUGCGAGUGCGGAGUUCAACAGAGUAUGUGCAUACCGUCACAGAUGGUUGUAAGAGAUUCAUAGUUUGCCUACGGAAAAGGAAUUGCACCUGUGGACGUUUUCAGUUGGAUGAACUGCCAUGUGGACAUGCAUUGGCUGUUUUGCGAUCAAGAAACCUAAGGAGUGACGAAUAUUGCUCGGCCUACUAUACAAGGGCAAACCUUCUUAAGAUAUAUGAAAUUCCGGUGGACCCUCUACCAGAUGAAAGCGAAUGGAAUAUUCCUUUUGACAUUGCGGAGGAGGAGGUAUUACCUCGUACUGGCAAAAGGGCUCCGGGAAGGCCUCAUAAACCAAGAUACAAAACUUUUAACGAAGUGAGAGCUAAAAAGUAUAAGGUGUUGUGCAGCAAUUGUGGAAGGUUAGGACACAAUAAGAAGACAUGUCGCAAUGUUCCAAAGAGAAAAUAG